ACCCCAGAUUCUCCUUGGAGUCCCAGCAUUAAUCUUCCCUCUGACCUGAAGGAGCAUCAGUCUGUCACUGUAACCUGCUCAGCUUCAACUCCGUGUCCACAAUCACCUCCUGAACUCACCUGGAAUCUCCAACAAGACUCUCUCAGACAAACAGAGAAAAACACAGAUCGAACCUUUACAACUAAAAUCCAGGAGAACAUCACUCUGUCAGACACACAUGAUGGAUACAACAUCAGCUGUUCUGCCAGAUAUCCUGUGAUUGGAGGAAACAAAACAGCAGAGACAAAAGUGACUCUCAAUGUUUCAUAUGCUCCUAGAAACACCUCAGCAUCCAUCAGUCCAUCAGGUUUGGUGUCAGUAGGUAGCAGGGUGGAGCUGAGCUGCUCCAGCAGAGCCAAACCUCCACCCAGCUUCGCCUGGUUCUGGAAUGGCAAACAUGGAGGCAUGAAUGUGUCUGUGGGGCCCGUUUACAGCUUCAAUGUUACUGAGGGAGGAGAGUAUCACUGUGUGGCUACAAAUGAUCUGGGUAAUGAAACGUCAUCCAGGGUCUGUGUUGGAAUCAACGAUUCUCCUUGGAGUCCCAGCAUUAAUCUUCCCUCUGACCUGAAGGAGCAUCAGUCUGUCACUGUAACCUGCUCAGCUUUCACUCCCUGUCCACAAUCACCUCCUGAACUCACCUGGAAUCUCCAACAAGACUCUCUCAGACAAGCAGAGAAAAACACAGAUGGAACCUUUACAACUAAAAUCCAGGAGACCAUCACUCUGUCAGACACACAUGAUGGAUACAACAUCAGCUGUUCUGCCAAAUAUCCUGUGAUUGGAGGAAACAAGACAGCAGAGACAGAAGUGACUCUCAGUGUUUCAUAUGCUCCUAGAAACACCUCAGCAUCCAUCAGUCCAUCAGGUUUGGUGUCAGCAGGUAGCUGGGUGGAGCUGAGCUGCUCCAGCAGAGCCAAACCUCCACCCAGCUUCACCUGGUUCUGGAACAGCAAACAUGCAGCCGUGAAUGUGUCUGUUGGCCAGGUUCACAGCUUCAAUGUUACUGAGGGAGGAGAGUAUUACUGUUUGGCUACAAAUAAUCUGGGCAAUGAUUCAUCAUCAAGGAUCUGUAUUAGUACUAAAGGUAAAGAUUCUCCUUGGAGUCCCAGCAUUAAUCUUCCAUCUGAUCUGAAGGAGCAUCAGUUUGUCACUGUAACCUGCUCAGCUUUUGCUCCCUGUCCACACUCACCUCCUAAACUCACCUGGAAUCUCCAACAAGACUCUCUCAGACAAACAGAGAAAAACACGGAUGGAACCUUUACAACUAAAAUCCAGAAGAACAUCACUCUGUCAGACACACAUGAUGGAUACAACAUCAGAUGUUCUGCCACAUAUCCUGUGAUUGGAGGAAUCAAGACAGCAGAGACAAAAGUGACUCUCAGUGUUUCCUAUGCUCCUAGAAACACCUCAGCAUCCAUCAGUCCAUCAGGUUUGGUAUCAGCAGGUACCUGGGUGGAGCUGAGCUGCUCCAGCAGAGCCAAACCUCCGAUCAGGAGCUUCACCUGGUUCAGGAUCAGCGCACAUGGAGCCAUGAAUGUGUCUGUGGGGCCGGUUUACAGCUUCAACGCCACGGAGGGAGGAGAUUAUUACUGUGAGGCUACAAAUGAUCUGGGAAAUCAGAAAUCAUCAGUGAGGUUUCUUAGGAUUAAAGGUAUAUUGAAUGGACAUCUUUUCUGGCUGAUAAUUGCACUUGCUCUUGGGCUGUUGUUGCUCAUCUUCCUGGUUAUUUAUGUGAGAUGUUUCAAGUCCAAACAGCCAACUCAUCAACAGACUCAGACUCCAGCUGGUGAGGAGGCUGCGGUACAAACACUUUCUACUGCAGCAGCUGAAGAACUGCAGUAUGGAGAAGUAACUUUCUUCAAGGGGAAACCUGAAGCUUCCUCUACCUCAGUGGAGUACGGCAAACAGGAAGAGACACUUUAUGCACAUGUCAAAGUGUCCAAGUCAAGAAAAUGCUCAACACACACCACUGACAGUCCAGAUGAUAUCUAUGCUCAAGUGAAGAAAAAGUAACUUUUCAUUUAAAAUAAAGUUAGCUAAAGACCUCACUUAAAGCUACUUUGCAUCUCUUAGGAACAAUGCAUUUUUUUUUUCUCCAAAGAGUUUUUGCGGCACUAGUGGCUCGUAUUUUUUUGACAGUAGGCAGACAGGAAGGAGGGUGAGGAAAAGACAUGCGGCAAAGGUCACCGGGACUGGGAAUUGAACCCGCGACAUCCACGUCGAGGACUAAGGCCUCCAAACGUGGGGCGUGCUAACCCGCUGCACCACCACAGCACGCACCAGGAACAAUGCAUAUUUAUCAUGUGCUAUAUUAUGAUAUUUUUUGUGCUGCUGUUUUGUUGUUUUUAUUUUAUUUCGGGUUGUGUGACUUUUACACCUUGCAUGGGAUUGUGGCACGAAGUAAUCAUGUUUGUUACUUCAACAAAGUAUUUAAAGCCUAGCCUUCUUAAUUAUUAUUAAAAGAAUACGUUAAACACACAAAGUGGGGAAUUUUAUUUUCACUUAAUCAUUUCACUGCACCAUAUUUAAGAUAGUUAAUAGUUAGAUGGCGAUGUGAUGCUCCACUUCUUCUUUCAACCGUCAGACAAACUGUUGCAAUAGCUCUAUGUUAAACUAUGUUCCCCUUUUUCAAUUUGUUGAACACAUUGCGACCACACACAGCAACUUGGUCUCCUUGGUCUGGGCGUUUGCGUUUUCAACACCUUUUUUUAAAAGGAACUUGGGUUUUUUUGGGGCCGGAACACAGAACAGUUUUCUAUCUUGAACU